AUGGACACGUUUGAAAAUUUCCAGUAUGACUCUGCCUCGUCUUAUGGCGGGGCCAUGAGUGUCGUGGACGACACCUCUUCUGUCUACACCGUGAACACAACCACAAGCCAAAGUCGCGUUCCGGAUCUCGAAAACCUAUCUAUUACGGACGAUCGCUCGUUCACCUCAUCUCCAAAUGGCCACUCGCACGGCAGCCAUGGAAAGACUCCGAGCAGAGCCUCUCUUGACGAGGACUUCGACGCGGUCCUGGACGAUCUGAAGGACGAGGGGCAGGUUGAUCUGCCUCCACACGCCUGCAGUUACUGCGGCAUCCAUUCGCCCGCAUCAGUGGUGAAGUGCCUCAUCUGCUCCAAGUGGUUCUGCAAUUCUAGGGGCAAUACCUCCGCGUCGCACAUCGUCAAUCAUCUUGUCCGCGCCAAGCACAAGGAGGUCAUUCUCCACAGUGAAAGCCCGCUUGGGGAGACCAUUCCGGAGUGCUACAACUGCGGCAGCAAGAAUGUCUUCAUGCUCGGGUUCAUUCCUGCAAAGAGCGACACAGUUGUGGUCCUGCUCUGCCGACAACCGUGUGCGGCCGUGUCGAAAGACAUCUCGUGGAACCCCACUCUCUGGGCACCCCUCAUCGACGACCGUUCGUUCCUGUCGUGGCUCGUCAAGCCUCCUAGCGAACAGGAGCAGCUUCGGUCUCGCCAAAUUUCCUUCCAGCAGAUCAACCGACUCGAGGACUUAUGGCGGGAGAAUGCGAACGCCACCCUUGAUGAUCUAGAGAAGCCGGGCGUCGACGAUGAGCCCCAACCCGUCAUACUCCGCUACGAAGAUGCAUACCAGUAUCAGAACAUCUUCGGCCCGCUUGUCAAGAUCGAAGCUGACUACGACAAGCGUCUGAAGGAGUCACAGACACAGACCGACAUCACCGUCCGCUGGGAUCUGGGUCUGAACCAGAAACGUGUCGCUUGGUUUGGUUUGCCCAAACUGGAGAGCGGGGAAGUCCGUCUUGCGGUGGGCGAUGAACUGCGGUUGAAAUACAAUGGAACGCUGCACAAGCCUUGGGAAGGAGACGGCCAUGUCAUCAAGAUCCCGAACAAUGUGUCGGACGAGAUCGGCCUGGAGCUGCGGCGCUCUGAGGGUGUUCCUACGGAGGUCACGCACGGCUACACCGCUGACUUCGUAUGGAAGUCAACCAGCUUUGACCGCAUGCAAUUAGCAAUGAAGACCUUUGCUGUGGACGAGAAGAGCGUCAGCGGUUACAUCUAUCACAAGCUUCUGGGACACGAGCUGGAGCCGCAGGUUCUCCGAACCCAGAUGCCGAAGCGGUUCUCCGCCCCCGGCCUGCCCGAACUCAAUCAUUCCCAGAUGUUCGCUGUCAAGAGUGUUUUGCAGAAACCACUAAGCCUCAUCCAGGGACCUCCAGGAACGGGCAAAACGGUUACAUCCGCUUCCAUUGUCUAUCAUCUUGCCAAAAUGAACCCGGGACAAGUGCUCGUCUGCGCGCCUUCCAACGUCGCCGUCGACCAGCUGACCGAGAAAAUCCACGCUACCGGGUUGAAGGUCGUGCGGCUGAGUGCCAAAUCCCGCGAGGCCCUGGAUUCGUCGGUCUCCUUCUUGACACUCCAUCAGCAAGUGGCGAACAACACGACCCACGUCGAGCUGCAGAAGCUCAUCCAGCUGAAGAAUGAGCAGGGCGAGCUGAGCUCUAACGACGAGCGGAAGUACAAGGCCCUCAUUCGCCAGUGCGAGAAGGAGAUCCUCGGUGUGGCGGAUGUGAUCUGCUGCACAUGCGUUGGUGCUGGCGACCCUCGGCUUAGCAAGCUCAAGUUCAGGACGGUUCUCAUUGAUGAGGCCACUCAAGCCGCGGAGCCUGAAUGUAUGAUACCACUCAUCCUCGGCUGUAAACAGGUGGUUCUGGUUGGAGACCAUCAGCAACUCGGCCCCGUCAUCAUGAACAAGAAGGCGGCACGCGCGGGUUUGACACAGUCGCUCUUCGAGCGGCUGGUCGUCCUGGGCAACCGGCCCAUCCGUCUGCAAGUGCAGUACCGCAUGCACCCGUGCCUGUCCGAGUUCCCCUCCAACAUGUUCUACGAAGGGACGUUGCAGAACGGCGUCACUGCUCCCGAGCGGCUCAGGAAGAAUGUCGACUUCCCGUGGCCCGUUCCGGACACCCCCAUGUUCUUCUAUCAGAACCUGGGCCAGGAGGAGAUCUCAUCGAGCGGAACGUCGUUCCUGAACAGGACCGAGGCGUCUAACGUCGAGAAGAUCGUCACGAAGUUCUUCAAGUCGGGCGUCGUGCCUAGCCAAAUCGGGGUCAUCACGCCAUAUGAGGGGCAGCGCUCCUACAUCGUCAACUACAUGCAGUUCAACGGCUCGCUCAAGAAAGAUCUGUACAAGGAGAUCGAGGUGGCCAGCGUCGACGCGUUCCAGGGCCGAGAGAAGGACUAUAUCAUCCUGAGUUGCGUGCGGAGCAACGAGCAUCAGGGCAUCGGCUUCCUCAAUGACCCCAGGCGACUGAACGUCGCGCUCACGCGUGCGAAGUACGGCGUGGUGAUUCUCGGGAACCCGAAGGUUCUUAGCAAGCUGACACGCCUACAGCACCCGCUCUGGCACUACCUCCUGACACACUACAAGGAGAAGAACUGCCUGGUUGAAGGGCCGCUGAGCAACCUCCAGCCUAGCAUGAUACAGUUCAGCAAGCCGAGGCGUACGCUAGUGAAGGCGAUGGACCAGUUCCGGCGACAUGAAACCAACGCAAGGGAUUACCUCGGCACUGGCGGAAUGAUGGGGGACGGCCGGAGAUCCGGGACUCCCAGCCGCUUCGAUGCGAGUUUCUACCGUACCCACGAUGCGCUGGGCUACAUCCCUUCCGACGCCCAGUCCCUCCGCUCUCAGGCCACAUACUCAUCGGGCAUUCCCAUGUUUGCAGCCGCCGGCCCGUUCGGCCCGGGCAUGCAACGCCAGAGUGGCGCAAAACGGAGCACCUAUGGCAGCUACGCAAGCUCCAUCAUUUCGCAGGAUGCUGGUCCAGCAGGCACGGACACCUCCAGCGUCGUUGGCAGUGCGGUCGGCGCAUCGGAUCGCCCUGGGGGCAUGGCGUACUCGCAAUCUGAUAGAUUGCAGCGCCGCUCCUCCUUCUCCUCGACCGCAGGCACUUCGGACAUGGGCAGCCUCUCGCAGUACGACUACAAGUCGCAGGACGAUGGCACCGAUCUAGACGACAUGAAGUCGCAGUACACCGGAACCCAAAGCGGCGUUACCGUCUUCUAG